CUCGUCUGUGUCCCUCUCAAAACCACUCGUUCACAACCAAAGAAUAAAGAGAAAAUGAUGAGAAUCGCUGCAAGCGCGAAGAGACUUCUUCCAACGCCGUCGUUGGAGGUGUCACCGGUGGGAGUUAGGGUUCUGCCGCGCCUCUACCACGAGAGGGUGGUGGACCACUACGACAACCCCCGCAAUGUUGGAUCCUUCGACAAGAACGACCCCACUGUGGGAACUGGUCUUGUCGGGGCACCCGCGUGUGGCGACGUAAUGAAACUCCAAAUUAAGGUUGACGAGAAAACUGGAAAGAUCGUCGAUGCUCGCUUCAAAACCUUCGGUUGUGGAUCCGCCAUUGCUUCUUCCUCCGUCGCUACUGAAUGGGUGAAGGGAAAGCAAAUGGAGGAAGUUCUGUCAAUUAAAAACACUGAAAUUGCGAAGCAUCUUUCACUUCCACCCGUCAAGCUUCAUUGCAGCAUGCUUGCAGAGGAUGCCAUAAAAGCAGCUGUUAAGGAUUAUGAAGCUAAACGUGCCUCAGCAACUACUGAUGAGCAGGGAACAACUUCAGAGAAAACUGCCACUGCUUGACAUUCUUGCAUUUCUGAAUUGUAUGAUGAUGAAAACAGCCAUUGCUAUGGCUUUUAGACGACAGAGUGAAUGGAAAUUGUAUGAACAUCUUGAGGUCAGAUAUGUUUGGUUGGAGCUAGUUGUAGUAUUUGAAUUGUCCUAAUGUGAAGUAAAUACUUGUUUCCCAGGAUGUAGUUUGUCAUCUGUUUUGAGAAGCUAAAUUAUAUUUUUACUAAAAAAUAUGUACAUGUAAUAAAAUAAAGCUAUGAUGUUGUGUUGAA